CUGUUCUCGAUCCCCUUUCCGUCGAGGUUCUUCUCCAACGUAGAUUCCCCUCCGAUACAAACUCUGCUCGAUACGAUUUCCGACAUGGACUAUGCUUUGCCUAUUCCGCGAGCCAAUAAAAAGCACGCAAGACCCUCCACCGGAAAACAAAUCAAGUGCAAGUUCCAUCGUCCCUCGAUCAAAUCCGCCAAAUCGGAGUUCUGCCCACGCGUGCUCCACUCAAGGGAGCAGGCAGAAUAUGGGAGGCCACAGGAAAGGAAAGCCAUCUGCUACAAAAAAAAUUGAGGAGAAAAUGAAUCACAACGGUGACCCAAACAUUGAUCAUGAUACAAAUGGCACAAAUACUCUCGAAGAUUUUGACAACCGUCCUUUGAAAAAGGCUAAAUGUUCCGAAUCAAGUGUUAUGGAUGAUCCAUUGCCAACACCUACAAUCUCGGGAUCAUCUAUGAUAUCUGAAUGUUCUGAAUCGAGUGUUCCAGAACCAGAGAAUAAGAUAAAUGGGGAGCCAUUGCCAACAGCUCAAACAACAGCCAAGUUUGAUCCAUUGCCAACACCUACAAUCUCGGGAUCAUCUAUGAUAUCUGAAUGUUCCGUUCCAGAAUCAGAGAAUAAGAUAAAUGGGGAGCCAUUGCCAACAGCUCAAACAACAGCCAAGUUGACGGAUUCUCCGGUUUCUGAAUUUUGCGUAACUUUUAAAAUGAAUCACAACGGUGACCCAAACAUUGAUCAUGAUACAAAUGGCACAAAUACUCUCGAAGAUUUUGACAACCGUCCUUUGAAAAAGGCUAAAUGUUCCGAAUCAAGUGUUAUGGAUGAUCCAUUGCCAACACCUACAAUCUCGGGAUCAUCUAUGAUAUCUGAAUGUUCUGAAUCGAGUGUUCCAGAACCAGAGAAUAAGAUAAAUGGGGAGCCAUUGCCAACAGCUCAAACAACAGCCAAGUUUGAUCCAUUGCCAACACCUACAAUCUCGGGAUCAUCUAUGAUAUCUGAAUGUUCCGUUCCAGAAUCAGAGAAUAAGAUAAAUGGGGAGCCAUUGCCAACAGCUCAAACAACAGCCAAGUUGACGGAUUCUCCGGUUUCUGAAUUGUUGAAUGAAAAAACAGUUUCAACAGUUUGUGAGAAGCAACAAGAUGGACCUAGACCUAUAAUAAAUAAUGUAAUAUACGACUAUCUUCCACAAGAAUAUACAAUUACCCUACAAGAUGAAAGUGCUCAUUAUGUUAUACAAGAAGCUUUGGAAGAAGAACUAUUGGUGAAGAUAGAAGACGUAUAUGUCAAACAACGCUAUUUGGUGUGUCUGCUAGACAAGGACAAAUGGCUAGACGAUGAAGUAAUCAGCGCAUAUAUAUGUUGUAUGAGGGACCAAGUACAUGUGCAGAAUGAUGCUACAGUAUAUUUUGAGAAUCCCUUUGUUACCAGACUGCUAAAACGGGAUGGUGAAGUUGGAACACAUGGGCCAACCUCUUUGACAAAUAUUGUCAAAAACUAUCUCAACCAUGACCUGAUCCACCUUCCAAUAAAUAUCAAGGACUCGCAUUGGUAUUUGGCUUGCAUCAAUGUUGAAAAGUCUGAGAUACAAGUACUCGACUCAUUGUGUUGGGAGCACAAUCGAGAUGACCUUGCUAAUACGCUAAAAGGACUACAGUAUCAUUUGGACAUUCUUAAAAGUCAAGAAAAUGUGAACAAUCAGAAUUGGAGAGACCUCGAUGUUACUACAUGGCCGAUUACAGAAAAACUACAAAAGCCAAUCCAGAAAGACAGCUCAUCAUGUGGUCUAUUUCUGCUUAAAUUCAUGGAAUAUUGGACCGGACAUACACUAUCCCACAUGAUUACACAGGAAAUUAUUACUUCUUUUAGAUCCAAGUUAGCUGCCAUACUAUUAUGUUGGAAAACAAACACAGCGCCACCGACUGCAACGUUUGAAGAAAUUGAUGAGAGUGAGGGACAUCCAGAUGAUGUUAUAAUGUCGGACAGUCCAUUUGAUCAAAAUCAAUCAAAAGUAUCGAACUCGUCAUCUUCUGAAAACAAAUACCAAUCGCUGGUGUCUGUUCUUUCUAACUUGAGCCUACAUGAGUUAGUAGGUGGACUUUGUAACUACAUCAAAUCAAUCAAUUCUGCACAAACUUUAGAGAAAAUCUGGAUAAAAAGCUCUGAUCCAUAUCCUAUUAGCUUGACUCUCAAAAAUCUGCAAGAAAUGUUAAAUGUUGAGUUACCAAUGAAUCGCGAUUGUUUCAAUCUGGUUGUACGGAAGAUUAUGUUUGACAACAUCCAAACAGAGAAAAAAAGGAGAGGGUUGAUAUCAAAGCACUAUCUCGACAUGCGAUUUUGGAGGAUUACUGAUUUUGCACGACAUCCAGAGCACCGAAAGAAGUUACAUGUGGAACAACUAGCAUUUUCCACUCGUAGCUGGCCUGGUAUCAAAUAUAGUAUUUCAUCAUGCAGAUGGAUUCAUAUUCCAAUACAAUCCGGCCAUGAUUUUAUUCUAAUCAUACUGGACAAAGAUACCAGAACUGUUUACAUUUUGGACCCUACUCCUAUUGAAAUCAUGUACCAGCGCAACCCAAUUGCAAAAUAUGUGCACAGAAUUUUAUGGAUUGCUGAACAUUUGCCGAAAGCCAUGUCAAAGACAUGUCCAGGGUCUACAUGGAACGAGAAUAUUUUCCUAUGGCAACAAAAGAUAAUACAUGAUAUCUCAGGUCACAGAAGGGAAUUGUCGGGAUACCUUAUUGCCUUCUUCAUGUCAACAUGGGAAGGUGAAAAAGUGCAUUCACCAUUUUUAGAGGAUGGGUACGAACUCAGAAAACAAACUUUGGGACAGCUAUUAACAUUCAAGGAGAAUGAAUGUGAAGACAACAUGCCUUCUGGUGUACUUGAUUUCAUCAACUGUAUCAGGAAAACAAAACCAAUAUGAAUGUGAAGACAUUUGGAUCAAAAUGCAAUGAAGACGAAUAAAGAAGCUGCUGCUCGCUCCUCAAUUGCCUCCACGUUUUUAGCCAGUAGUGAUGUUUUGCCCAAAGUUUAGAGUGUCCAGCUUUCAGGAACUACAUAGGUUUUGGCAAAUAUUUAUGUUUUGCUUGCGUUUGAGUGAGUUAUUGUGGCACUACGUAAUAUUUGUAUCAAUUUACAAUGAGGCCAAGAUACUUCAGCUUUUUUUACUGCAGUAAUCAAUAGUACCGAUAAUCAAUCUUA